AUGCGCGUUGCUACCGUCAUCUUCGGCGCUUUCGCCGCAACUGUUGCUGCUGCCGCCGGCGACGUCCACCUCCAGCUCCAUAAGAGAAUCGAACCGACCAAGAUCAUCAAGGUCCUUGAAGCCCGCGGCACCCCCGAGUGUACAAACGCCGUCUACGCAUUCGCCAGCGCCGUCACCGGCAGCGACCCCCUCCCCACCCCGAACUUCGCCCUUCAAGAGUGGGCCGCCACCGCGUCCCUUGCCAACGGCACGGUCGACCCUUGCAGCACCAUCUCCGUCACGGACUCGAUGAGCGCCCAGUACACCUCAUGGUCGAGCGCCGUUGAGUCAUGGCAGACCGCCCAUAUGUCGGAGAUGCGAGCCGUGUGGCAUGAGUGCACCGACAUCCCCAUCAUCGCGGCCGAGGUCAAGAGCCUUCUGGCCUCUGGAGGCUACUGCAGCACCAAGCUGGCAGCGCUCACCAGCGAGGGUGGGGCGGGGGCGACUGCCACCAGCAAGGGCGCCGCACCGAGAGAGACUGGAAUGGCUGUUGCUGCUGCCGCUGCUGCCGGCUUCGUCUAUGCUGCUAUGCAGUAA